AUGCCCGCCGUUUUGCAGGUUGGACUGGCGUUUGAGGUUGACCGCGGGCGGACGUGGCGGGAGUGCGAGGCGGGUGUGCUAGCAUUUAGUCUCUUAUGGGGGUGCACAGCACAGUCAGGAGUUGCCAUGUUCUAUAUGGAACUUUCUCACCAUGCCUCUCGUGUUCUGUCAGAUGGUCCAGACGUUGUUCACGUUCUAGUUGUUAUGGUAGCUUCGCAAUUGUCGUUCACAUGUGUUCCAGCCUCAGCCCUCUGUGAUCACCUCCAUCUGCUCAUCGUCCGGAGUUUGGCGAGGAGCUGUAUCUCCUUCCCAGUCAUCAAUUCGAACUCGUACGGGUUCGUGUCUGGGUUCACAAAGGGAGGGGGGUCCUUGAACAUCACAUGGGGUUCCGGAGUUGGCGCUAGCGCAUGGUAUUGGGUCGUGUGGGUGGUCAGGCGUGUUCAGUUCAGCCCGUCUUGGGGGUUGGGUCAUAUGGCUCGCUGUUUGGCACAAGGCUCGGGCCAGGGGAUGGCAUGCUUGUUCCGUAUUUUGGAUGUAGUGGAGGAGUUGGAGUAUCCCACGUUGGGGCUCACUAGCUAG